AUGGCACAAGCCGCCAAACAUCUUCGCAAGAAUAAGGAUUUAGAAGCUCUCGCCGAGCAGGAGAGGAAGGAGAAGGAGGAGGAGAAAGCGAGGAAAAGGAGCCGCUCACGGGAUAAAAAGCGCAAGGGUGACGCUGCCACCAGUUUCCUCCGCGCAGCUCGCUCAGGUAAUCUGGAUAAGGUUCUAGACCACAUCAAGAAUGGGAUUGAAAUCAACACAGCCAAUCAGAAUGGGCUCAAUGGGCUGCAUUUGGCUUCGAAAGAAGGCCAUGUUAAAAUGGUGCUGGAACUCUUGCACCAUGGUAUUGUAAUUGAGACAACCACAAAGAAAGGAAAUACUGCGCUUCACAUUGCUGCAUUAGCUGGACAGGAACAAGUCAUCACAGAGCUUGUCAACUAUGGAGCCAAUGUCAAUGCUCAGUCCCAGAAGGGCUUCACUCCACUCUACAUGGCUGCACAAGAGAAUCACCUGGAGGUUGUGAAGUUUCUCCUGGACAACGGAGCCAAUCAGACCAUUCCAACUGAGGAUGGCUUUACCCCUCUUGCUGUGGCUCUUCAGCAGGGCCAUGAGAAUAUGGUGGCCCUGCUCAUAAACCACGGUACAAAGGGCAAGGUCCGCCUUCCUGCACUGCAUAUCGCUGCCCGAAAUGAUGACACCCGAACUGCCGCUGUGCUUUUACAGAAUGACCCAAAUGCUGAUGUCUUAAGCAAGACAGGCUUCACGCCACUCCAUAUAGCGGCCCACUAUGAGAACCUGAACGUAGCCCAGCUUCUCCUAAACAGAGGAGCUGAUGUGAACUUCACACCCAAGAAUGGGAUCACACCUCUACAUAUUGCAUCAAGGAGAGGAAAUGUUAUCAUGGUCAGACUUCUGCUAGACCGGGGUGCAAAGAUUGACGCUAAGACUAAAGAUGAGUUAACUCCUCUUCACUGUGCUGCCAGAAAUGGCCAUGUAAGAAUAAUAGAGAUCCUUCUGGACCAAGGAGCCCCAAUACAGGCCAAGACCAAAAACGGCCUUUCACCUAUACAUAUGGCAGCCCAGGGUGAUCAUUUGGACUGCAUCAGACAGCUGUUACAGUAUAAUGCAGAGAUUGAUGACAUCACUCUAGACCACCUUACACCACUGCAUGUGGCGGCACACUGUGGACAUCAUCGUGUGGCCAAAGUGCUCCUGGAUAAAGGAGCCAAACCUAACACACGUGCUCUGAAUGGCUUCACGCCUCUCCAUAUUGCCUGUAAGAAGAACCACGUACGAGUAAUGGACCUACUGUUGAAGCAUUCUGCAUCUUUGGAGGCUGUUACAGAGUCUGGGUUGACUCCACUGCAUGUGUCCUCCUUUAUGGGUCAUCUGAACAUAGUGAAGAUACUGAUGGAGAAAGGAGCUUCCCCACACGCCUCAAACGUGAAAGUGGAAACACCUCUGCACAUGGCAUCUCGAGCAGGUCACUGUGAAGUUGCUGAGUUCCUCUUACAAAACGCAGGACCAGUUGACGCUAAAGCCAAGGAUGAUCAGACGCCACUACACUGUGCUGCUCGCAUGGGCCACAAUGAGAUGGUGAAUCUGCUCCUGGAGCACAAGGCCAACCCCAACUCCACCACUACCGCAGGACACACCCCACUGCACAUCGCUGCCCGUGAGGGGCACACACAAACUGCCAGCAUCCUAAUUGACAUGAAUGCCCAGCUAACCAAAAUGACCAAGAAGGCCUUCACUCCACUUCAUGUGGCAGCCAAAUAUGGAAAAAUAGAUGUAGCAGCGCUGCUUUUAGAGAGAGGUAACCCAAAUGCUGCAGGCAAGGUUGGACUCACACCAUUACAUGUGGCUGUCCAUCAUAAUAACCUGGAUGUGGUUAAUCUGUUGCUCAGUAAAGGUGGAUCACCACACUGUGCAGCUCGGAAUGGCUAUACUCCACUCCAUAUCGCUUCCAAGCAGAACCAGGUGGAGGUGGCCAGCAGUCUUCUGCAGCAUGGAGCCUCUGCCAAUGCUGAGUCACUACAAGGGGUCACACCCUUACACCUCGCAUCCCAGGAGGGUCAACCAGACAUGGUGUUGUUGCUCAUUUCUAAACAGGCGAAUGUAAAUCUGGGCAACAAGAGCGGACUGACUCCCCUACAUCUUGUAGCUCAGGAAGGGCAUGAUGGCAUUGCUGAUAUACUGGUGAAGCAUGAGGCAUCUGUCUAUGCUGCCACACGGAUGGGUUAUACUCCGCUUCAUGUGUCUUGUCAUUACGGCAAUAUCAAGAUGGUUAAGUUCCUUUUACAGCAACAGGCCAACGUAAACAGCAAAACCAGGAUGGAGUAUACACCGCUACAUCAGGCCGCGCAGCAGGGCCAUACGGACAUUGUGACACUGCUCCUGAAGCAUGGAGCACAACCCAAUGAAACCACAUCCAAUGGCAUAUCUGCUCUUGCGAUUGCAAAGCGCCUUGGAUACAUCUCAGUCAUCGAUGUGCUUAAACUGGUCACUGAAGAAACAGUUACCAUGACCACCACAGAAAAACAUCGCAUGAGUUUCCCAGAGACAGUUGAUGAGCUCUUGGAUGUGUCUGAAGAUGAAGGUAUUGCACAGCUAACGUUAGGCGAGGAGCUACUGGGAACAGACGGUGCCAGGUACAUGAAGAUGGAAGACAUAAAGGACCAUGAUGAGGAUUUCCUGUCCCCCAAGAAAGUUCUAGAGAAUCAUUCUCCUGCUAUUCCUCGUAUUCCAUGUGGGUCUCCUGAAACAGUCAUGCUGAAAGAACAUGACCUGGAACAGCACACACCACUCCCUUUGCCCAAGGAGUUUGAUGAGGAUUCCCUGAUCCCCAGCAGUCCGGCCACAGAGACAUCAGAUAAUGUCAGUCCAGUAGCAAGCCCCAUCCACACUGGUUUCCUGGUGAGUUUCAUGGUGGAUGCUCGUGGUGGCUCCAUGCGAGGGAGUAGACAUAACGGCCUACGUGUCAUCAUACCUCCACGCACCUGCGCUGCUCCAACUCGCAUCACCUGCCGCCUUGUGAAGCCUCAAAAACUCUCAACACCACCUCCUCUGGUUGAGGGUGAGGGGCUCGCCAGUCGUAUCAUCUCGCUUGGUCCAGCCAGCAUGCAGUUUUUAGGGCCUGUGAUUGUUGAGAUUCCCCAUUUUGCUGCACUUGGUCGGGGAGAUCGUGAGCUUGUGGUCUUGAGGAGUGAGAACGGAUCAGUCUGGAAGGAACAUCGUAAUCGUUAUGGUGACGAAGUCUUGGAGACCAUCCUCAAUGGCAUGGACGAAGAUCUCGAGAGUCAGGAGGAACUCGGGAAGAAGAGGAUUAGACGCAUCAUCUCCACUGACUUCCCUCUGUAUUUUGCUGUGGUGUCACGCAUCCAGCAGGAGAAUGAACUGAUUGGCCCAGAGGGGGGUUAUCUCACUAGUAAGCUGGUGCCCAUGGUCCAGGCCAGCUUUUCUGAGACGGCCGUCACCAAGCGGGUCCGUCUCGGACUGCAGGCCCAGCCAGUCCCUGAUGAACUGGUGGCCAAGCUCCUGGGGAACCAAGCCACGUUUAGCCCUGUGGUGACAGUAGAGCCCCGUCGACGCAAGUUCCACCGCCCCAUUGGCCUGAGGAUUCCUCUGCCUCCAUCUUGGAGGGAGAGUCCGCGGGACACUGGCGAGGGUGACACCACCAGCCUCCGCCUGCUGUGCAGUGUCAUUGGUGGCACAGCUCCUGCUCAGUGGGAAGAUAUAACGGGCACCACCAAACUCAUGUAUGCCAAUGAUUGUGCCAGUUUCACCACCAAUGUGUCUGCCCGUUUCUGGCUGGCAGACUGUCCUCGGACUGCAGAGGCUGUUACCUUUGCUAACCUUCUGUACCGCGAGCUGUCAGCUGUGCCAUAUAUGGCCAAGUUUGUGGUUUUUGCAAAGAUGAAUGAAGCCCGAGAGGGUCGACUCCGCUGUUACUGCAUGACUGAUGACAAAAUGGACAAAACCUUGGAGCAGCAUGAGAAUUUUACUGAAGUGGCCCGUAGCAGAGACAUUGAGGUCAUGGAGGGGAUGCCGCUGUACUUGGAGUGUUCAGGAAACUUAAUUCCCAUGAGGAAAGCUGCCCAGCAGCCACGCUGUUUUAGUUUCCAAGCCUUCAAGGACAACAGACUGCCAGUGUCUGUCAAGGUGAGGGACAGCAGUAAAGACCCUUCUGGCUUUUUGUCCUUUAUGCGCAAAUCAACUAAAUACGAAGAUUGUCAAAAUGUGUUGUGCAACCUCAAUGUUACCAUGCCACCAUGUAUUAAGAUCAUAGGAACUGAUGACCGAAGGAGGACUCUGACUCCUUUAGCUCUGAGAGAAAGAUAUAGUGCUCUAAAUGAGCCAGCCAUGGCAUCACUGAGCGCCAUGGAAAGGACGGAGAUAAAGAUGGCUUUAAUAGCUGAACAGCUAGGCCUGAGCUGGGCUGAGCUGGGACGUGAACUGCAGUUUAAUGUAGAUGAAAUUAAUAAGAUUCGAGUGGAGAAUCCAAACUCCCUUUUAGAGCAGAGCUCAACACUGCUCAACCUGUGGGCCACUCAAGAAGGGAAGAGAACCAAAAUGGACAGCCUGUACAUGGCCCUGAAGAGCAUUGACCGAGUGGACAUUGUGAACAUGUUGGAGGGCCAGGGACCACCAACAGGUCAGCAGGGAGGUUGGGAACAAGAGGCUUCCAUGUCCAGACAUCAUGACCGAGACCAUCUAUCUCCUGGCAUCACAAAUGGUUACAGGCUGGUGGUACAGGAGGAACUAGACUCACCGGCCUCCAUGCAGUACAAUCUGCCAUCACCAUUGGGCAAUGAGCCCUAUUGGCAGGAAGUAUCAAGCAUGGAGUGUGCACCCAUCGCUACCACUGAAGAGGACACGCUCAUGGAGAUGUCUGAGGUACAGGUUUGGCCCACAUGCAAUAGUCCUUCUAUCGUGGCUGUGGAGGACUCCUCUCUGGAUUGCAGCAAUGCUGAUGACUCUGAGGCACUUCUGAACAGGAGCCUGGGCCACUCCAGGAGUGGGACUCCUGGUGGAAAUGGACCAGUGGGGCUUGCUGGUCAGGGAGGGUUAAGUGGCUCCAUCGAGCUUCUUGAGGAUCAAUCCUUUGGGGGGGGGGACUCAGAUUACAGUGCUGCCGGGAUGCACUGCCUGAGUGGUGGGGCCAACAUCAAUGCUCUGAACAGAGGUCAAGGGUUGGAAACGUCAGAAGGGGCUGUAGAUGAAAAAGUCAACAAUAUUAAAGACAGUUCAAAUGGAGGGUUAGGAGAAGAAGGAGGAGGAGGAAACGGCACAAGCUUAGAAGAUAGCAUAUCUCUUGUUUCAGGGCAACAGCGAAUAUAUACUCGAAUGAGUGAGUCGCCUGGGCUAAGAAGACGGGCGGAUAAUGGUGAUGACAGGUUAAGUGGUGGGUCCUUCUUGUCAUACCUACAAGAUCAGGGGGCUCCUGGUUGGCACUCAACACCAGAACCAACUCAGAACAGGGUGGGGUCUCUAUCGUGCUCCCUUCCUAGACAGGCCAUUGAAUCUAUGAUGUCAUCAGUGCGAACCGCAGUGGAUUGUGAUUCUAAACCGUCUUGCCUAGGCCAGGAAGCCCUAAUUGAACCAGUGCGGGACAUAGGGCAUGCUGAGAUUAUCCACGGGCAUUAUCAGGGAACACAGCCUUUUGAGAAAGGACUAGGCUUCCCACACAGAACAGCUAACAUUCGAGGUUGGGAGGACAUGCGUAUAAGAGGGCAGGGUGAUGAGGCAGAUAAUCUUCCAGGAGAUCAAGUGAGCGAGGAGCAAUUUACAGACGAGCAUGGCAACAUCGUCACCAAAAAGACUGUGAGAAAGGUGGUCCGGAGAGGAAAGGGGGAGGAGGGGGGUCAGAAGCUCAUCAUUGAAGGGCUGCCUCAGGAUAUCACUGAGCCAGACGUUGAUGGAGAGCAGUACAUGAGCUAUGCCAUCCUGGGCCGCGACAGCAAGAUGGAUGUUGUGGAUGUGAAGAGAGGAGGUGCUCAAAUAGUGAAAUGUGCAAGUCUGCGGAGAGUAAAGCAGUGAGCGUGACUCACUCCUCCCUGCAGGACUUGCCACGCAAACCAUCCCUCAAUGACACAUGAUGGAUGUCAAAUAAAGAAGACAAAAGAACUAGAGUGUUGGCAAUAGGCAAUGGAUAUAAACUAUGAAAACAGAUUUUAGGACUUUUUUAAACAAGCAAAACAAACGCUAGAGGCUAGAGGCAUGAUUUCUUAUAAAAUGAAACCAAACAAUGAAAAAAAGCAAGCAUUUGAGAAGUGCUUCCUGUAAUCUCAAUAUCAGCAUGUGAAAGUGCUGUCGCAUGGCCUGCCUUUACAUACAGCACUGAAUGCAAGCAUUUAUGAGAAUCCAGGCUGAUAAAAAGUGAGGUGAGAAAAUAGUGUCAUACUGCAAGGGCUCUAAACAUGGAGGGUGGAAGGACUUUGGCCAAAGAGACGAGUAUACGCUUAAGCUUUGGAAUGCUGUGUAACCUAAACAUCCUUGUUUUGGGAAAACAAAAGCUAAUUGUAUUCAAAUCCAGCAACAGUUCUGACCUAAAUUUAGUCUUCCAACUGAACACAGAACAAAGUCCAGAACACACUUCUUCUGUGAUUUCACAUAGGGAGCUGUUUGUCCCUCUUGUACUGAUAUUAUACAUAAUAUGCACUCAAAUAUGAUGUGAAUGUACUCUGUGUGUGUGCGUAUUCACAGCCAAAAAAAAUCUAAUGACCAAUGCAAUGAUAUGCUGCUGUUUCAAUACCUGCUCCAGAAUUCUUGUUCAGUUCAGUCUUACAUGUCUUGUGUAUUGUAAAGGUUUUAUUGUGUAGCAAAUGCUCGUUUUAGAAAUGAGCUGUAAUAUUCUGUCCUGAGGUAUACUAGGCUUAAGGGUUACAAUCUGCGCAGUUUAAACAUGGGGAUACAGUAUAUCGGACAUACUUUAACGUCACUGUGGGGCUAUAUAUGUACACUUGUGUGUAAAUCAUUUUCAGUAUAUCAGGAACCUAUUUUGUUCAAUAUUCAUUACAUACCUCUGUGUCAUAUGAACCUUGGGCUUCCUUUUAAUAACUUGAUAUGCACAGAGAAGCACAUUAACAUUAUAUUAACAUUGUCCCCCAUUAGCAUGUUAGCACCAUUCAAAAUGACAUACAUGUUACUAUAAAUUGUCAUGUAGCAGAUUAUUCAGGUAUGGAGGUACAAAUUAAUGGGAGAGGAAUUUCUGUAGAUCACUGUGCUCAAAAAAGCAAUGAAAAUGUUUAUUUGUAGUCUCACUAUAACAAUAUGAAUAAGUAUAGCAUUUCAAUGAAGUAAAAUUAUGCAAAGACAACUAAAUAUAUAUACACACACAGUUGAAGUCAUAAGUAACCUUCCAAAUUCAUUUAAUCUAACUUUUCACAAUACCUGACUUUUAAAUGUAGAGAAUCAGAAGAUUACAUACAAUUUGUUAGUAUUUGGUAGCAUUGCCUUUAAAUUGGGUCAAACUUUUUGGGUAGCCUUCCACAAGCUUCUCACAAUAAGUUUCUGGAAUUUUGGCCCAUUCCUCCAGACAGAACUGAUGUAACAGAGUCAGGUUUUAGGCCUCCUUGCUCGCACAUGCUUCUUCAGAUCUGCCCACAAUUGUGAGGAUUGAGGUCAUGGCGUGAUGGCCAUUCCAGUAACUUUGUUGUCCUUAAGCCAUUUUGCCACAAAUUUGGAGAUAUGCUUGGGGUCAUUUUCCAUUUGGAAGACCCAUUUGCGACCAAGCUUUAACUUAAUGGCUGAUGUCUUGAGAUGUUUCUUCAAUAUAUCCUCAUAAUUUUCCUUCCUCAUGAUGCCAUCUAUUUUGUGAUUUGCACCAGUCACUCCUGUAGCAUAGUACCCCCACAACAUGAUGCUGCCACCCCCAUGCUUCAUGGUUGGGAUGGUUUUCUUCAGCUUGCAAGCCUCACCCUUUUUGCUCGUAACAACGAUGGUCAUUAAGGCCAAAAUGUUCCAUUUUUGUUUCAUCUGACCAGAGCAAAUUUCUCUAAAAAUAAGAUCUUUAUCCCCAUGUACACUUGCAAACUGUAGUCUGGAUUUGUAUGGCAGUUUUGGAGCAUUGGCUUCUUCCUUGCUGAGCAGCCAUUCAGGUUAUGUCAAUAUAGGACUUGUUUUACUGUGGAUAUAGAUACUUGUCUACCUGUUUUCUCCAGCAUCUUCACAAGGUACUUUGCUGUUGUUCUGGGAUUGAUUUGCACUUUUCACACCAAAUUACAUUCGCCUCUAGCAGACAGAAAGUAUUUCCUUCCUGAGCGGUAAGAUGGCUGCGUGGUCCCAUGGUGUUUAUACUUGCAUACUACUGUUUGUGCAACACAUUCUCACCCCAACUCGUCACAUACGGACGCUUGGGCAGUUUCGUCACAUAUUGACGCGCCGGGUAUACCUUUGGCGUCAUUUUUCGACGCGCAGGGUAGUCCGAUAGACUUCUAUGUAUCUCUGAACCGGAGCGUGUAGCGUUGAAAUUUCACAUCUCGGGUAAGCUCACGCCGCGAAUGGGUGGAGAGUCGAGACCGCAAUAAAUAAAACUAAAAAGGAAUAGGCUACAAUGGCCCUCCAACUGUUUUUUGAUGUUUAAAAACCCGGACACGUCGUAAACUGACGCCAUUCUACAUAUCUCUGAACCGGAGCGUGUAGCGUUGAAAUUUCACGUCUUGGGUAAGCUCACGCCGCGAAUGGGUCGAGAGUCGAGACCGCCAUAAAUAAAAAUAAAAAGGAAUAGGCUACAAUGGCCCUCCAACUGUUUUUUUAUGUUUCAAAACCGGACGCGUCGUAAAAUGACGCCAAAGGUACACCCGGCGCGUCAAUAAGUGACGCCAAGGGGUCCUGCCCUAGCGUCCGUGUGUGACGAGCUGGGGUGUGAGAAUGUGUUGUUUGUACAGAUGAACGUAGUACAUUCAGGUGUUUGGAAAUUUCUCCAAGUAUGAACCAGACAUUUGGAGGUCCACAAUUUUUUUUCUGAGGGCUUGGCUGAUUUCUUUUGAUUUUCCCAUGAUGUCAAGCAAAGAGGCACUGAGUUUGAAGGUAGGCCUUAAAAUACACCCAGAGGUACACCUCCAAUUCAGUACACCUCCUAUCAGAAGCUAAUUGGCUAAUUGUCUAAAGGCUUGACAGCAUUUUUUGGAAUUUUCCAAUCUACUUAAAGGCACAGUUAACUUGGUGUAUGUAAACUUCUGACCCACUGGAAUUGUGAUAUAGUCAAUUAAAAGUGAAACAGUCUGUCUGUAAACAAUUGUUGGAAAAAUUACUUGUGACAUGCAAGAAGUAGAUGUCCCAAACAACUUGCCAUAUCUAUAGUUUGCUAAUAUGAAAUCUGUGAAGUGGUUAAAAAAUUAGUUUUAAUGACUUCAACCUAAGUGUAUGUAAACUUCAACUUCAACUGUAUAUAUAUAUAGGUAUCAUAUGCACACUCCCGACAUGAAGGCUGUUCCAAAUAGUUGACAUUCAAGAAAAAGAUAAACAGUAUAUAUAUAUAUAUAGGGUCCACUUUAUAUUAGGUGGCCUUAACUACUAUGUACAUAAACAUUUGAUGCAAUGUACUUAUUAUGUACAUACAUGUUGUUGCAUUGUAAUUACAUUUAAAGUACUUGCAUUGAAUUACAUUUGUAGUUACAUUGUUAACUUUACCCCGUACCCAACCCUUACCCCAAAACCUAACUCUAACUCCUAAUGCUAACCUUAACCCUUACUCCUAAACCUACCUGUACCUCAACAUUAGUAGCAGCAAAUUUUGCAGAACAACUUGUAGUUACACAGUAAAUACACAGUCUGUAUUUAUUUAAUGUUAGUACAUAGUAGUUAAGGCCACCAUCUAUAUAUAUAUAUAUAUAUAUGUGUGUAUAUAUUUUUAGCUUCUUACCAAAGCGGCAUAUAUACAUGGUUUUACAACACUAACUCUUUUGGAAGAUUUGAUGAUAUCUUUAUAUAAAAUUUGGUAACACUUUACAAUAACGUUUUACAAAAAAUUUAACAACUACAUUAGUUAACAUUAACUAAAAAUUAACAAUUUACAGCAUGUAUCAAUCUUGGUUAAACGUACCAUGCCAUUCUUAUUUAUGCCAUUCUUAUCAUUGAGUUACGAUAGAUAAGUUAAUACUAACAACAAAAUCUAUCAGAUAGAUUUUCAAUAGUUUCAGUUUCAGAUGCCGUUGUAGAAAUUUAGUAUUCACAGUCAGCCAUGAUUACUGUGAGUGAAAGUGUCCAAUAACAGGACGGUUACUGAGAUUAAGCGAGUAGUAUUCAGCUGGUCAUGUGAUUCUAACAUGGCAGCCCCCAUGUGCGGACCCUCUCCAUGUAGAAUAAAACAGCUUUUAUAAUGUUACUGAUAUGACUGGAGUCUUCAUUUUAAUGUGAGUGGUCAUGAUUUCCAACAUAUAUAGCAAAAUUACAAUUCAUGUCUUUAGGAGUUCAACUUUUUAAUGAGGAAAAGAUUACUGUGUGUACGUUUAACCAAGAUUGAUAGUGCUGUAAAUUGUUCAUUUUUAGUUCAUGUUAACUAAUGUAGUUGUUACAUUGUUUAAAAGUACAUUUUAUACAAAAAUAUCAUCAAAUCUUCCAAAAGAGUUAGUGUUGUAAAACCAUGUAUAUAAGCCGCUUUGGUAAGAAGCUAAAAAUAAAUGUAUAUGUAGAGUUACUAUAUAAAUGGAAAUAUAUGUCAAUUAGAUUGUGUUUACAAAUCCUUUCUUGGGGUGCCACGCCGAUAUUUGUAACAACAAUUCUUAGAAUCGUUUUAAUUGACUGAACAAUUUGAUUUUUCUAAAAUGAAAGAAAAAUUGGUAAAAAAAAAAAAAGUCUCAUUGCUUUUUUGUUCAUCAUUACCAUGGAUGCCAAUAAUCAGGGAGAAAACUGUAUAUUGUUGUUAGAGAAGACAUAACACAAUUCAUAUUAUACUUCUCAAUAUAUUCAGUUUGUUAUAUUUUAAUGUCAAUUGUUUUGGUUCAACUUUAAUUUCUCCAACAAGAUUAGGUGUCCAAUAAUUUUGUGGACACUCAGCACAUGGGGAACACAUGGAGAAGCCACUUAGCACUGUGAUCAGACUGUUCUACUGUCCCGCAACAAAACAGAACAUAACUGACUCCAAGAACACACACACAUACUUUUAAACUAUGAUGUCGAUUUUCUGAGUCUGCACUGAAAGUAAGUCUUCCAGCAAACCGACCACUCACCAUCACUUUAUCUUUCUGCAUGAGUUUUGUAACAACAGCCAAUUAGUAAAAUUGCUGUUUCUUGUUAUAGGAUUAGACACAUUUUAAAACUGUAGUAUUCCUCCAACUAUAUCUUAUUAUGCAAACAAUGAUUGCUGCCCAUGUAGCAUUCCUCAGACACCCCAUUUACCAAGUGUAAGAUAGCUAGUGAAACCAAGCGUAGUACUUUCAUGGGUGGUGGUUUUUAGUGUUAAUUGAACAAAGAUGUUUAAACACUUCAAGGCUCUCAUAUAUUGUGACUUUAUUAUGUUUUGAACAUUCUGCUUUGAUUUUAGCCAGCAAUCAAAGUCGUAGAAUACAAGCGUAUCAUUAUGUGACUGGUCUCCACACAAACCAAACAGUCCAAACAUGUCAAUCUUAUUUCUUUUAUAAAUUAAGUUAUUUACACCUCCUUUCAUACUACGUCUGAAUAUACCACAAAUACUUAUCCUGAUUUCGAAAGAUGUUUGCGAAGGAAAACCAAACUAAAGCAUAAUGAAAUUCCUGAAAACCUCAAAUCAAUCAUCUGAAAUGUAUGCAUAAAUGACAUGAUGCAUGCAGAUAAAGCCACUUAAACAGACAGGAUAAGCUUCUGAUAAUAACAUAAGAGCAUAAUAUAAAUACAGGACAUCUACCGACUGUAUUGUAGCACUGUACAUUAUUCCUUAGCAGUUUAAUUCAAAUGUACAUGGUCAUUGGUCUCUAGUAUAAAACACUUGAGGCUCGCAUAACUGGAACCAACUAAAAAUGUAACUGUUUAUCUUUUAAUAUAAAGAUUAAAAUAAAUGAAACAAUAAUUAUAUUUCUUCCAUGCACAUUACCGAUUAUACCAAAUUUAGGUUUAUUUCUUUUUCAUAGGCUACCCUAUACAGCUUACUUGCUGCUGCUGCUCUUCUUUUCUUUUCUUUUCUUUUUUACAUUUUAGGUGAUUAGCAUUGUAUGGGUUUUCUAAAACAUUGAAAUGUUUGGCAACUCAUUUAAAAGAAAACCAAAAUUUUUCACACUAGAAUAUUCUUCCUUUAAACACUGUCUGAACAAAACUAAAACACAGAUCACAGUGGCUGCACAGGUGGGCCAGUCCAUUCACGGCAGCAAGGGAAUGUCAAAUUAGCAAUGCAGUUGUUUGAUGUUUAAGCAAUGGUUAAAUGCCAACCUCUUGCAAAAAUGUGAUAUUUAUACUCCUAUUUACUACACAAAUUAUUUAAAUGUAAUAACGCAAUAGUAUAAUACUUAUGAAAAGGAAUGGAAACUGCACACUUGCACAGAAAAGAUGUUCUUAAUACAUAGUUUAAUAUAUAUAUAUAUAUAUAUAUAUAUAUAUAUAUAUAUACUAUGUGUGUUUGUGUGUGUCUACAUAUAGAGAGAGAGAGAGAGAGAGAGAGAGAGAGAGAGAGAGAGAGAGAGAGAGAGAGAGAGAGAGAGAAUUAGAAUGCUUUGCACUUGCAAAUGGGAAAUUACGACCUGCUAUAUGGGAAUAUGGAAAUACUUAAAUGUUAUGGAUGUACUUGUAGCAGACUUCAGGGAGGUGCCUGUGGGAAUAAAGAAGCCUUGUACUUCUUUAAAGUUUCUUUAAUUUCAUGUGUUCAUUUUUAUUGCUACUAUAGGUCUUUGAAUCAGACAAGAUUUUAAAUGUCUAUAUAAAUAUAUAGAAAUAUUCUACCCUGUACACCAGCUGAAGAUACAUUUACAGAAUUAAUAAAUAAAUUAA